AAAAAAAAGGAAAAAUCCAUUUCCCUUCCUUUUUAUAUCUGCUGAGCGAUGUUUCGAAGUUUUGCUCUCACGUCUCUCCCUGUAAUUCUCUUCCUCGAAUGUUUCUUCUUCGUUUCGAUUCAAUUUCCCAAUUUUCUCAAAUUUCUCCAUGACAUAAUUUCCUCUUUCAGUCCCCAAUUCUGAAGAUUAGGGUUCUUGCUCCGAUAUCUGUUUCAAGGGGUUCUUCGUCCAAUUGUUUCUACACAUACCAAUUCGUUUGAUUCCUUUAUGAUUCUUCCUUUCCCUCCUCUGAACAACAAUCCCAUCAAGAUUUCGAUUCCUUUCAAAAUUCGUCCGGCUUUGUUCACUAGGGCAUCUUUGAUUUUCCUAUUAAUCAUCGCUCUGGUUCUCGUUGUUUCUCCCGCCCCUACGAAACCUAUUGUCAGUGUGAAGAACAAGCCGGAAAUCAAAAACUCCACCGCCAUGAAGGUCCACCCAUUGCCGAGGAAGCGCAAUAUCACCGUCCGGUAUAACCCCAAUUCGAGGAAUUCUCUCGAAGAUCAGUCCCAUCUGAACCACAAGAAACUAAGGAGGUUGCCUCAUAUCUUCAGUCGGGUCCUCSAGCUCCCUUUUCGAUCUGAUGCCGAUGUUUUGAUCGAGGAGAAUCCCGAUUGUUUCCGAUUCAUUGCCGAAACCGACGGCAGCAUCAGCGAUGGAGUAAGGGCUCAUGCCGUGGAAAUCCAUCCUGGGGUUAUUAAGAUCGUCGUGCGUGAAAGUGGGUCGGUGGAAAUGGCAAUGGAUGAACUGGAAUUAGACAUGUGGAGGUUCCGGCUGCCGGAGACCACGCGGCCGGAGCUUGCAAGUGCGGCGUUCGUCGACGGAGAGCUCAUUGUUACUGUCCCGAAGGGGAACGAGGAGGAGAGCUCUGAAGAUGAUGAUGGAGGAGAUAUCUGGGGAGAUGGGAGCGGGAGUUUCAGAGAUGGCAUGGGAGGUCGGCUUGUUCUUGUACAGUAAAUUAAAUCCUUUGCCCUUUGUUUUUUGUACUAACUGUUGGAAAUUUCCUUCUUCAUCAUUAUUAAUGCUGUUCCAGAUUUCCUGUUAGUUCCCUUUGCUGAACCAGUUAACCAAUUAGCCCAAAAGAAACUUAGAAACAAAAACCGAAUUGCUUCCCAUCUGAAUGAUUUAUCCAUCACAGACAUAAAACCUGGAAA